CUUUUCGAUUUCUCUUCUCCCACCGACGGAGAAAAAUUAAAAAUUAAAAAUUAAAAAUUAAAUUAAUCAGGUCUCUUCGUCUGUCUCCAGGGGGGGGGGUUGAAAAAAAGAUGGGGAGGAUGGUGAGAAGCUGCUUACAGUCGAUGCUGAAGCUGGUGAAUUCCCUUCUUGGGAUGGUUGGGGUCGCCGUGAUCCUCUACGCUGUUUGGCUCAUCAGGCAAUGGCAACAACAAACUGGAUCUCUCCCUUUCUCUCACCCUCUUCCUUGGUUCAUUUAUGCUUUUCUUUGUCUCGGGGCUCUUCUCUGUCUUGUCACUUGCGCUGGCCACAUCGCUGCUGAAACCAUUAAUGGUUGCUGUCUUUAUUUUUAUAUGGGAUUCAUCGUCUUGCUUAUUAUGGUUGAAGGUGCUGUCAUCGCCGAUACCUUUCUAAACCCUGACUGGAAACAGGACUUUCCAGAGGAUCCAACUGGUGCCUUCUACCGUUUCUCCAAGUUCGUCGAGUCCAACUAUAAGAUUUGCAGAUGGAUUGGUCUCUCCAUUGUCUCUGUCCAGGGUGCAUCAGUUCUAUUGGCCAUGUUGCUCAAAGCUCUUGGGCCUCACCGGCAUUAUGACAGUGACGAUGAGUACGAUGUGAGCACAGUUGCACUCCUCCGGGAUGCUCGCCAGCCUCAUCCAUACGUUGUUGGAGAACCUUAUUAUGGACCCAAACCGGAUUCGGGGACUGUUAGGAUUAAUGAAAGAGCCAACCGGUAAAACAGGUGUAGACCAAGACAAGCAACAUAGCCAAGACUCACCUCUUUCAAUAUAUUACUUACUUUUGUUGCAUCUAUCUAUCUCACCCAGCAAACCAUUACUCUUGUAAAAAAAAUUGCAUACACAUAUACACACACUCUCAUAUGCAUUUUAAAAACUACAAUGUGUGAUCAGUUUGGUUCCAA